UGCACGUUUGACAUGAAUAUUAAGUAUUUAAGGAUGAAGUUAAAGACAAUGAUUUUUUAUUUGGAAGAUAUUAAUUCAUAUAGAUAAUAAAUUGAUACUGUUUUGUUGAGCUGUUAUAAAAAUGGGAGACUUAUUUUGAUUUAGCCACAAUCAAUGUCAAUAAUAUAAUCUAGGAGGAGUGUUGUAUAGCCUACUUUAGGUGAACUUCACCGUGAAGAUCAAUAAUCAGUCUAUGUUGAAUCAACUAUAAAAAUUCCAAUGACGCGCAAUGUCCAAUUUGGUAUGAACUGACAUUGUCAUAUUCAUUAGAAAGUCAGAAAAAUCCUAUUAGUUUCAAAGGAUUACACAUAUAGACAUGUGCACUAAAGGCGGAAUCAAACGCAGUAUGAAGGGCAGUGGUUUUGGAAAUGCUUUUGGUUCACUUCCUUGUGUUGACUGCAAGUGUAUAACAAUAUCUAGCAGUAAAAUCAUGGAUACACAUGUAUUAUUAUUAAAGUGUGGGUUAUGUUGUGAGGAGUUUAACACUAUAUGUUUGUUGCAUGAACAUUUACUAGUAUAUCACGAAUCAGCGAGAUCCUACAUAUUUGAUUAUUUACUUCAAACUGCAUUUCCUAAAUUAGAAAGCAAAUGCAUUUCCUCACAAACUGAACUCUUUGACACUUUCCCACGUGAUGAAAGUAAUGCAUUCCAACAUGGGGAAAGUUAUGCUGUAGGGGAUUUUCAAUCUGAUAAUUUAAAGUGCAAAGGAGACAAUAAAUAUAACACAGAAGGUAUUGUUGAUGAUUUAACAAAUCUGUCUGAUAUUACAGAUGAUUAUUUUGAUCAGCAGACAUUAAGUGUAGAUCCCAAUCUUGACAACAUUGAGGACAAAGAAACACAAAAAGAAUUUAAAGAAUCUGUUAAGAAAAAAAGAAAGAAGAAACAGACAAAACUGAAAACUAGCAACAAUGAAAUGCUUGAUGAACAAGAUACAAGCAGUAGUAAAAAUAAAAGAGCACUCAUUGAUAACUCAACUUCAGUUAAAUCAUUAAUUGUAAAAAACAUUGGAUGCUCCAUAUGCAAAACAAAAUUUACAACUAAAUAUGCUUUAUUAAAGCAUGAAAAUAAGAAGCAUAAUGAUCUGCAAAAGUUUAGUUGUGAUCUCUGCAAUAAGCGCUUCAUAAGACAAGGUGAUUAUGACAAGCAUAAAACAUAUGGUCAUUCACCACAUUUUAAGGCAAACAAAAUUACAGCUGCACCUGUCAAAGAAACUAAAUGUAAAGAUAAGUCAGAAAAAGCCAGCAAUUCUGUGGAAGUAUUUACAAAGAAUAUGGAGACAGAAUCUGCAGUUAGCACAACCGCAGCGCUUAAAACUCCGUACACUUGUGAUAUAUGUGGUCAUAUAAUGCCUCGGUCAAAGAUUAAUGUUCAUCAAAGACUCCAUUCAGGUGAGCGUCCGUUCACAUGCAAUGUAUGUGGUAAAGGCCUGAUCAGUGCGGCAAAGUUGAAGAGACAUAUGCUGGUUCAUGAGGCUGUGAAGAAACACACCUGUGAAUUGUGUGGGGCAGGAUUCAACAUGAAGUACAAGCUUGCUAUGCAUAUGCAUAUACACACAGGAAAAAAGCCAUACCUAUGCUCUAUAUGUGGUGCAGAGUUUAACCACAGUUCAAAUUUAGCAACACAUACACGAUGUGUACACUUACAGGUGAAACCGUACCAGUGUAAGCUGUGUGGAGGGGAGUACGGUAAAAGGUCACAGCUGGAAGAGCACCUGCUACGUCAUACAUCCGAGAAACUACAUAAAUGCAGGUUUUGUGGAAAGUCAUUCAAGCAUUUGAAGGGAAUGAAACGACAUGAGAAGAAUCACCUGGAAGAAAAGCACUGUCUGAAAUGUGACAUGUGUGAUGCAAAAUUUGUACGCAAGGACACCCUAGACAGGCACAAACUUGUCCAUGACAAGUCAAGUGUGCGCUGUCCAACUUGUAAGACAACCUACCCAGAUCAAGAAUCGUUUAAGACACACAAAUGUAUUGAGAAUAAAAAAGAUGUACCUAAGUUCAACUGCCCCAUUUGUGAUCUUACGAUUAAAAGUGAAAAUAAAUAUCUUACACAUAUGCAUGCCAUACAUAAUCUGAACAACGAGUUGGCAAAGAAACUGAAUUCUGAGUGGAAAUCUGGAAAGAAAAUGGAUGAUUUGUUGUUGAUACAUUCCCAGAAGGUUGAUCCAAACUUGCCAUUGCAAUCUGACGAUAAUCCAUCAAGUUUAAAAUCACAGCCAGUUAAGACCAGUUUUAAUGUAAACACUGUAGUGUCAAGUAUCUUAGAUGAGAACCACAUAUCAAUUCAUGCUCUGACUCGCGUAGCUACAGAAAACCUUCGCCUUCAUUCCCUGGAUAUUCGUGAUGAUGAGAAAGCAGCACUUCUUCCACCUGUCAAUCCACUGACUUUGUUUGAGAAAAAUACUAAACUUGCCCCUCUUGAUUCUGUAGGGAAUUGCAUUAGCUUCAGUACCAAUGGUGCAUCAAAUCCCCAUAUGUCUGGAAACGUGUACAGUCAGCAUCUAGCAAACAUUGCUUCUGGAAGGUCUGAUAUUGUACAAAACAGCAACAUAAUCUCAAAUCAGUUCCAUGGCAUUCCUUUUGUAGAUCAUCAGGUUUAUGGUAGCAACAGUUCUCUUAUCAAUAUGGGUCCAUUCGUACGUUGCUCACCAGCCAACUUACUCCAAAUGUCCCACAUUGCCAGUCCAUCAGUUGCGGAAGGGACGUUGGAGAGUCUAAGGCGUCUCCAGGAAACAAGCGACCCUCCAAUAUCAGUUGCUAUUGGAGCCACCUCUCAAGAUCGGGGUCAGGCUAGCUUGGUGGGAAACGUACAAGAUCGUGAUAGGACAUGUUCAUCAAGUACAUACCAUAUGCAGCACUUGUAUUAGUGGACUCUCUUGCUUAAAAUGUUUUAUAUAUUCUGGUUCUAAACAUUAUUUGGUUAAACAAAAAAAGUGCUAACAUGUAUAUUAAAAUCAAUUUUAUUUUAUUUUAAUACCCAGUUCAAUUGUUGUAAUGAGAUAUUGUUCUAAAUGCUGUUAUUAUUAAGUGCUGAAAUUCUUUUGCUAUUUUUAGCUCACCUGAUUGCUCAGGUGAGCUUUUCUGACCGGUCUUUGUCCGUCGUCCGUCUGUCAGUCCGUUAACAUUUGCUUGUAAACACUCUAGAGGCCACAUUUGUUGUCCCAUCUUCAUGAAACUUGGUCAGAAGCUUUGCCCCAAUAAAAUCUCGGCCGAGAUCGAAACUGGGUUGUGCCGGGUCAAAAACUAGGUCACUAGGUCAAAAAAAGGAAAACCUUGUAAACACUGCAGAAGUCACAUUUUAUGUUCAAUCUUCAUGUAACUGUCAAAAUGUUUGUCUUUAUGAUAUCUUGAUUGAGUUCAAAAGUGGUUCUGGUCUGUUGAAAAACAUGGCCACCAGUGGGUGGGGCAGUUUUCCUUAUUUGGCUAUAGAGAAAUCUUGUAAACACUGUAGAAGUCACAAUUUUUUUCCCAAUCAUCAUGAAAGGUGGUCAAAACAUUGAUUGAAUUGAUAUCUUGGACGAGUUCGAAAAUGGUCCAGAUCGGUGAAAAAACAUGGCCGCCAGUCGGCGGGGCAUGUUUCUCAAUACGUAUAUAGUAGCAGUUUUCCCUAUUUGGCUAUAGAGGAACCUUGUUAACACUCUAGAAGUCACAAUUUUUGUCCAAUCAUCAUGAAAGUUGGUCAAAACAUUGGUUUUAUUGAUAUCUCGGACGAGUUAAAAAAUGGUCCAGAUCGGUGAAAAAACAUGGCCGCCAGUGGGCGGGGCAUUUUUCUCUAUACGUAUAUAGUAGCAGUUUUCCGUAUUUGGCUAUAGAGGAACCUUGUAAACACUCUAGAAGUCACAAUUUUUGUCCAAUCAUCAUGAAAGUUGGUCAAAACAUUGGUUUUAUUGAUAUCUCGGACGAGUUAAAAAAUGGUCCAGAUCGGUGAAAAAACAUGGCCGCCAGUGGGCGGGGCAUUUUUCUCUAUAUGUAUAUAUUGAAAACAUGUUAACACUCUAGAAGUCACAUUUUUGGCCCAAUUUUCAUGAAAUUUGGUCAGAACAUUUGUUUCUUUGAUACGAGAAUCGAGUUCAAAAAUGGUUUCGGUCAAACCUUGUGAUCGAACACUGUGGAAGUCACAUUUUUAUGCCCCCCUUCGAAGGUCAUGUCGGUCGGUAUAUCUGUCCACCAGAUGGUUUCCGAAUGAUAAGUCAAGAACGCUUACGCCUAGGAUCAUGAAACUUCAUAGGUACAUUGAGGUGAACCAAAAUAGUAAAAUUGUUUUACUCAAGAACACUUAUGCCUAGGAUGAUGAAACUUCAUAGGUACAUUGAUCAUGACUCGCAUAUGACCCCUAUUGAUUUUCAGGUCACUAGGUCAAAGGUCAAGGUCACGGUGUUUCAACUUAGAAAAAUGGUUUCCAGAUGAUAACUGAAGAAGGCCUAUGCCUAGGAUCAUGAAACUUCAUAGGUACAUUGAUCAUGACUUGCAGAUGACCCAUAUUGACUUUCAGGUCACUAGGUCAAGGUCACUUUUACUUGACUCAGUAAAAUGGUUUUAAGAUGAUAACUCAAGAAAGCUUACGCCUAGGAUCAUGAAACAAUAUAAUGGUCAGUUGAAUAACAUGGAUGCCGGGGGGCGGCGGGCAGUUUUCCUUCUUUGGCUAUAUAGAAACCUUGUAAACACUCUAGAAGUCACAAUUUAUGCCCAAUCAUCAUGAAAGUUGGUCAAAACAUUGGUUGUAUUGAUAUCUCUGACGAGUUCGAAAGUGGUCCAGAUCGGUGAAAAACAUGGCCUCUAGAGGUCACAAUUUUGUUAAUUUUAUUUGUGCACAUAACAUAAUACUACAAUCAAAAUUAACAGUUAUUAGAUUCAGAAUUCAUAAUUCAGAAAUAUCACAGGUAGUCACCAUCAUAGAUUAUAAUACAUAUAUAUAUAUCUGUUCUAUUACACUUUAUCACACUUAUUGGUCAAAAUUAAAUUAUAUUGAAAUAUAGAUAUAAAAGUGCACUGGAUAACCCGUAAAGUUUUGACGAAAGAUCGUACAAAACUUAUUUCGUACAAAAAUUGUUUCAGAUUUUAUGAAUCUUGGUCAUAAUAUUUAUUUUUGCAAGCAAAGUUUGAUGUUUGGUAAGGGGGGUCAACUCAAAAUAUAGGCCACCAGGUCAAAUCUUACAAAAACAAAAUCACUCCAUAUGCCAGAGUUUUGGUUCAAUAAUGAUGAAACUUGACCAGGAUGUUUGUCUGGACAAUAUCUUGGUCAAGUUUGAUGUUUGGUAAAGAUUGAAUGAACUGACUCCUCUCAGGUGAGCGAACUAGGGCCAUCUUGGCCCUUUUGUUUAUAACUUAAUUAUUGUAUAUUAUCCAAUGUUUUUCAUAUUAAUUUUUAAAUUUUUUUCAUCUGUACAACCUUAGUAUUAUUGAUUUUUUUUUCUGAUUGUGUAAUUUACUAUUGGUAACAUGCAGUCAUUUGUUUGUUUUGUCUUCAACACUGGUAAUUCUUUUGAACAUAUCAAUUCGCAUAUCACAGCUAAAUUUUUUUAUUAAGUUGUUUUCAUUCAAUUUUAGCUCCACUGGCCAAAGGCCUGCAGGGCUUAUGUCAUGGUCCUGUGUCUGUCGUGUGCGCGUCAGUGCGUCCGUGCGUUAACUUUUUCUUUAAAUAUCUUCUUCUCCUAAACUACUAGUCCAAUUCUGAUGAAAUUUCUCAGGAAUGUUCAUGUGGUGAACCUCUUUCAAAUUUGUUCAAAUUAUGCCCCUGGGGUCAAAUUUGACCCUGCCCCAGGGGGUCAAAAAAUUGAAAAUUUGCUUAUAUAAGGCCUAUUUUGUGCAAACUUUAUAAAUCUUCUUGUCCAUAACCAUUGGGCCUAGGGCUACCAAAUUUAGUAUAUAGUGACAUCUUAUAGUCCUCUACCAAGUUUGUUCAAAUUAUGCCCCUGGGGUUAAAUCUGACCCUGCCCCGGGGGGUCAAAAAAUUGAAAAUUUGCUUAUAUAAGGCCUAUUUUGUGCAAACUUUAAAAAAUCUUCUUGUCCAUAACCGUAUGGCAUAGGGCUACCAAAUUUGGUAUGUAAUGACAUCUUAUAGUCCCCUACCAAGUUUGUUCAAAUUAAGCUCCUGGGAUCAAAUUUGACCGUUCCCCAGGGGUCACAAAAUCAAACAUAUGCUUAUAUAAGGCCUAUUUUGUGCAAACUUUAAAAAUCGUUUUGUCCAUAACCAUUGGGUCUAUUUCUACCAAAUUUGGUAGGUAGUGACAUAUAAUAGUUCUCUACUUAGUUUGUUCCAAUUAUGCUCCUGGGAACAAAAUUUACCUUGCCCCAGGGGUCACAAAAAUGAACAUAUGCUUAAAUAAGGCCUAUUGUGUGCAAACUUUAAAAAUCUUCUUGUUCUUAAUUAUAGGGCCUAGGGCUACUAAAUGUGGUUUGUAGUGAUAUCUAAUAGAUCUCUACCAAAUUUGUUCAAAUUUUUCCCCUGGGCUCAAAUUUGACCCGGCCCCGGGGGUCACAAAACUGAACAUAUGACGUUUACCAGUGGAGAUUACUGCGGCCGUUUGGCUGUGACCAACAACAACAUCAACAUCUUGUAAACAUGAGAUAAAACCCUGUCAUUUAGUGCCAUUUUAGGUCAGAUGGUGACUGCUUACAAAGGCAUUUGCGUAAGAACAUGUGUUAUGAAGGUUUUUUUUACAAACUGAAAAGUCGUGUUCAAUCUCUUGCACGACGGUCACAUUACAUUCACCUCUGUGUUGGGCUCAGAACGGACUAUUGUUAUGAAAGCGUCUCAUUCAUGUCAUGAUCAUUCCAAGCGUUCAUCAUUGAGGUUACAGUAUACUAAACAAUCUCUUGCACGACGGUUACAUUGCAUGUACUGCAUUAAAGAGAACCAUCUCAUACCAUGAUAUCUUAUUUCAGUCUUAAUUCAUUAUUAUAUAAAAUUGAUAUGUUUUUUAUGUUAAGAAACCAACAUACAUACACACGUCGAAGCAAUUCCUAACGUCACUCAAUAAAAAAGCAUGUUCAAUUGUUUACAUUUGUGAAGUGCAUGGAAUGAUUCCAUCUGCGUAAAUGGGCGAUAAAAUAGUUCCAAAGAGUUGCAUUAAAACUUGCAAGUUUUUGCACGAAUUAUCGUACAUUUAAAAGUCAUAUUUCUUAAUUUAAUGCAUGCGAUCUUAAAUAUCCACUCAAAAUUUCAUUGAAUGCGUUUGUUCGGUUUUAGCUAUUUGGUAGACAAAAUGGCGUGCUGAGCCUUACGCAGAGUUGUAUGUGAUAGCAAGGAACGACAAUUCUGCGUGGAGAUUGAGUCGGGUUUUAUUUAAAUAUGUCGCAAGUGACCAUAUAUCCGGAUGAAAAUAUUUUGGAUGACAUGUUAAUUUCAUGUCUUUUUUGUAGUGUUUAAACCAGUUUAAUAAUAUAUUAUUGAUUUUAAAAACACAGCUUCCAUGAACAUAAUUAUUUCAAGAAAAGUCAAUAUAUGAUACUGCACGGUAAACUCAAACUUUGUAUCUAAGAGAGGGUGUUGAAAUUAAUGAAGUGCAAUGUUCUUAACUAUCGUAUAUGCUGCUUUUUAAGAACUAAUGAUUCAUUGUUCCAUUUGUGAAUCGUGACUCAUGAAUUGUGGAUAUGAUUGUCAAUUGCUCAACAAUCCAUAUAUAUUUCUGACCAUUUUAUAAUUUUUGACGAUGCUGGAACAGCAUCGUCCAAGGUAUCAUAACCAUCAAUUUUUUUUUCACAAUGGCGACCUAUGUAAAAGACCGAGCCAGUCCGAUUGAGAUAACUCGAUUUUUCAGUUACUUCCCUUUUGCAUUCGCCACUGCGUAAGAGAUAACAUUCUCCGAGCAGAGUUGUCGUUCGUGUUUCAACAUUCAACAAUGGCCGCCCCCAUGAGAGUCUUGAUUCAAAACUUUCUUACUGCAUAAAUUGGCUUGUUUCGCUAUUUAGAAGCUGUCAUUUAGGAUAAAUGAAUUAUUUAUUCACUAAAUCUCCGCUUAUGACAACAAUAGUUGGAAUUCGAAGAAUAUUUACUCGAUGUGAAUAAAGGACUUUCUGGAUCGUAACAGCUUGACACGGCAAAACUGGCAUACUGGUAUUUUUAGUUAUCAAUAUAAGUCACAUUGUGCUUUAUAAAUUGUAUUCGAGCAUUUUGCGACUUAUUGAAUGACUAUGAUACCCGAUAUCAACAUUUCAUCGGGGAUUUGCAGAUCACCAAGCUGUCCUGAAAUUCAACAUUGAUUUCAAACUCUUUACUAGUUUGUACUCUUUCUUAGUGUUAGUACUUUUUAUCAUUUUAAAGUUAAAUGAUCUGUGUCACAGUAAAAGAGACAUUAAGGCGAUUGUGGCCAGUUUGGAUCUAGAUCAGCCUGCAGUCGCUUGAAAGCUGUUUGCUUAAAAGCGUUUUUUCUGACAAUAACAAAUAAUUUAAUUGGAUACUGAUUUGACUGCGCUUUUCCUGUGACCUGGCUCAAAUAAUAUAAUUGUCAUUGAUCAAAUUAUUUAUUUCGAACAUAAAUCAAUUGUUUUUCUUGUCCCUCGGGAUCAAUGACUCCAGCACUUUCCUGUUGAGAAUUGAAUACUGCUAAAGGCGAUGCUAGGGGGCGUGAGAGAUGUUGCACCUUCCAUUAUCGCUCGAUUGUUCAUUAUCGGCUCGGGUACUACGUACAUGUACCCCAUGUACUCUUAAGUAUAGUUUCAUGUAUCCCAGGUACGGUAAAUAUACUAAAAUGUACCCGGGAAAUUUAACCCUAAAUCAGUCGUUGUCGACUAUUUUUUUGUAAUAAUUAUAUAUACACAUUUAUGUCAAUUUUCUGUAGAAUGGCCUCUAUAUUAUCGGAACACAUACUAAAAAAGCAUGUUGAUGCAGUGUUUUUUGAAGAGAAGUGUGUUUAAGAUAAUCGGUUGCGCGUUUUACGACAUCAGCUUUUGGGCGCGAAUACAACUCGGGUACAGUCUAAUAUGGACCGAGUACAAUUACGUUUAUUUACCGUACCUGGGGUACAUGUAAGUAUACUUAGAGUACCCAGGGUACACAUGAUGUUCAUCAGUCAUAUUAUAUAAAAACUUACAGCAGUAGUAAACAACUGGACAAUAAUUAAUGAACGCAUCUUUCAUUUGUCUUUGACACUUUGAUUUUGACAUGGCCUAGAUUUAAAUAUGUGACUGGACUUUACCAGCACUCUUGUAACAGAGCUAAAGUUUAAAUGUACCAUUGAAGAUCACCUAAAUCCAGAUUUGCUAUUAUAGACGUGUGAAAAGUUUUAAGGGUGUGACAAGUAAGCAAAAAUUGGUCAUUACCCAGAGGCCACAACUGAUCUAUGACUGUAUUAAAACAAGAAAAAUCAGUGCCUGAUUUAGAUUUCCUUAGAUACAGUAGUUCAAUAAAAACUAAUUUCAUAGGCCUGGUAACAGUUUAACGAUAAUGCUACCAAUGUGUCACACCAGGGCCUUGAAUUUGAAAUCUAGGACAUGCAUGGUCAUUUCUUCAUGAAAUCAGGACACAAAAUUGUAUUUUAAGUCCUUAAUUGACCUGGCUAUAGUUCUCAGAUUAUUAUAAGCUCAAUCAGUAUAUUUAUAUCAUUAUUUAUGCUUUGUGUAUGGUAAACAUAUACACAAUCAUGCAGUUACAUGAUAGCAAUAAAUAAUAUCAAAGCUACCCAUACUAUAAAGGUCAUUGACAAAGCCUAUGGUCAAAAUGUGAACACAUUGAGUGUAAUCGCCCUCUCGUGCCAGCAAAAACAACACGUUGACAGGUUGUAAUUUUUGACAGUUCUACUUUCACUGUCAUUUUGUGAUAUCAAACUAUUAACAAUUAUGUGGCUGAGAAAAAUAUCGCCAUUGCUUUUAAUGCCCCCGGUAGGGUGGCCUAUAUCAGUUGAACUGUCAGUCAGUCAGUCAGUGUGUCAGUCUGUCUGUCCGUCCGAAAACUUUAAUGGCCAUAACUUUUUUAAUAUUGAACAUAGCAACUUGAUAUUUGGCAUACAUGUGCAUCUCAUGGAGCUGCACAUUUUCAGUUGUGAAAGGUGAAGGUCAUCCUUCAAGGUCAAAUAUUAAGCGUCUGUCUGUCUGAAAACUUUAACAUUGGCCAUAACUUUUUCAAUAUUGGCGUGCAUGCAUAUCUCAUAGAGCUGCACAUAUUGAUUGGUGAAAGGUCAAGGUCAUCCUUCAAGGUCAAGGUCAAAGGUCAAAUUUUGCAAUUUUGAAGAUAGCAACUCCAUAUUCGGCAUGCAUGUGUAUGUCAUGGAACUGCACAUUUUGAGUGGUGAAAGGUCAAGGUCAUCCUUCAAGGUCAAAGGUAAAAUAUAUGGCUUCAAAGCUGCGCAGCAGGGGGCAUUGUGUUUCACAAACACAGCUUUUGUUUAAUAUAUUUUCUGCACAUUCCUUCAAAAACUUACAUCAAUACACGAUUUUCUUCGUUAAUUCAAUUAUUCCUGACAGACUUUUGUACAUAUUUCGCUUACAUUUUGACGCGCGUAGGUAGGACCGCAUUACCGCUUCCAAAAUGUGUAUUCAUACUAUUGCCUUCGAGGAACUUUUCUGAUGUUUGACGGAAAGGGCCGAAAAUGUGCGCGUGUGGGUCAAGUUCCCCUCAGGUACUACUUUCCCGUUCCCCCAAUUUUUUUCCGUACCUAAAAUUUUUCGUACCCAAUUUUUUUUCGUACCCAAUUUGUUUUUCGUACCCAAUUUAUUUUUUCAUCCCCAAUUUUUUCCGAGAUGUCUAUUCAUACUAUUGCCUUCGAGAAACUUAUCUGAUGUUUGACGGAAAGGGCCGAAAAUGUGCGAGUGUUGGUCAAGUUCCCCACAGGUACUACUUUCCCUUUCCCCCAAUUUUUUUUCCGUACCUAAAAUUUUUCGUACCCAAUUUUUUUUGUACCCAUUUUUUUUUUCGUACCCAAUUUUUUUUUUAUCUCCAAUAAAAAUGCUCACCCUUCCAACUUUAAACCCCCAGUGGGACGAGGGAUAGAAAGAGAAAGUCACAUGCUUGAGUACAUUUCAACCCAUGCGCAUUGCACGUUUUUUUCGCAAAGAAAAAACAGUGGAGCGAUACAGGGCCAUCAUGGCCUUCUUGUUUUUAUAUAAUUAUAACACUAAAGACAUUGUUUUUUGUCUCUGGUUAAACCAUAUGUCAUAUCUUGCUAUAAGGUUUAUCACAGUCAUUUGUUUGUUGUGUCUUAAACAGUAGUAAUUCUUUGGAAAAUACCAAGAAUAAUUUUUUUAUAUAACAGCUUCAUGUUUUAUUAAGUAUUAAGUAGUUGUUAUUAAUUCUUGAAAUGUUCUUAAAUUAUAACACUAAAGACAUUGA